AUGGAUUCCUUUGCAGAAGUAGAGAGUUCCAACACCACCAACAACAAUAAUAAUAAUAAUAUUAUGUCAUCAUCAUCAUCAUCUACAUCAAGUCGAUAUGAGAAUCAGAAACGUCGUGAUUGGAACACUUUCGGUCAGUACCUUAAGAACCAUAGACCACCACUCUCUCUCUCCCGUUGUAGCGGAGCUCACGUCCUUGAAUUCCUCCGUUACCUCGAUCAAUUUGGCAAAACUAAAAUCCACACACCGAUAUGUCCAUUUUACGGUCUUCCAAAUCCUCCAGCACCUUGUCCAUGUCCACUUCGUCAAGCUUGGGGUAGCCUUGAUGCACUUAUUGGUCGUCUUAGAGCUGCUUAUGAAGAAAAUGGAGGAAAAUCUGAAAUGAAUCCUUUUGGUACUCGUGCUGUUAGGCUUUACCUUCGUGAAGUUCGUGAUUUGCAGUCCAAAGCAAGAGGUGUUAGUUAUGAAAAGAAGAAAAGGAAACGACCACCAUCGUUACAAUUUUCUACUGUUACUCCGCCAUCGGGAUCAGGAGGUAAUAAUAGAAGCAACAUUACUCAUGGAGUUUAG